AUGCAGGUUGUUCUGAAGGGCAUUCGCGAUCCUCUUUGGUAUGCUCGCAUUCUCGAAAAGCACCUGGAGUCGACUACGCGCGCCAUCCGACGCCAGGUGCUCAACAAGAGCAACAAGCGCCAGCAUUAUCGACUCACUGACCAAGACCUACAAGAAGGAACCGACCACUUUCUUGAAGCCGAGGGGCCGCCUACCAUCGACUAUCCCUUCCACAGAGACAGUUACUACAUGCUCGAAGCCUACCUGCCCAAUCGCUCCUGGAUUGAUGGGAAAUGGGUCUAUCUACCAGCCAGCCUUCACGAGAGAGACGUCGCUGGUCUGAUCAACAGUCUAUUUCCUCCAACAACAGCCAACAUCAUCAGCAUGGAGGACGUCUACCAACACUUUGGACGGCACAGUCUUUGGGACAAGCACGAUGUCUUCAAGUCCCCCACCUUUGAUGUGACUGAAAUAUGGGUCGACUCGGAGGGCAAAAAUAAAAGCCUUAUUCAAAAUCGAAAGAUCUCUUCGCCCGACGUCGACAACUGGCUCGACGAACCUUUUUGUCAGUCGCUCCCCUCCCUUUCCGGGACAGGCACCCGGGUGGUCCGCAUCGUGUGGGUUGGUCAAGAUGUGGUGGUGGGAGGGGGUCGUUCUGGUCCAUCAACCAGAAUUCUGGAUCAGCUGGCGGAGAGGUGGGGACUGCGGUCUGCAAUGGACUAUGCUCGCAGCUCCUUUGCUGGUGUCUCCGCAUGCCCCGGCCGGGAUAACUCCACCUUCUUCACCGUCACCUAUCACCCAAAGUUGGCAGUCUCAUGGUCCUACAACAUCACCUCCAUCGGAGUCCCUCGAACUCAUGCUGUCAUCUUUGCUGAGGGGGAAGAGAGGGCCGAGUUGUCCCGUAUUCUCAAGUCAACCUGGGGGCCGGCACUGGCCACCGAUGCCAUGUUCCCGGCUCUUAUCUGCAGCUUACUACUGGCCCACGAGCUAGACAGCACCUUGGACGAUAUCAAAAAGGUGGUUCGUGAGGUGGAGGCUCGUACGGGACACCACAGAUUCACUAGUCGAAGAGAAACACAGCCUGCGGCGGGGGAACUCGGUCAGCUGUCAGCUCAGAUGAGCGGGUGCGCUGCCAAGCUGGCAAAUGGUGCUCGCAAGCUGAAGCUAGUCGAGGAAAUCAACCAUCUCAUCAGUCACCAUUCUUCCUCUCCUCCGCUACCUGCAGCAACGCAACGUAAUCAGACGCAACCACCGAAUGUGGCCUCUUAUCGCUUCUAUCAAACCCUGCCCCUCCAAACGGAGACGGCACAACAGCUGGCUGGCGCGCCAACAGCAUGGGUUUCCCUGCUCUCCCACCGUGCCACCAUGCAGCAGACUGAGUUGACGUACACACAAUCCCGCAUCGACAUCCAGAUCCGGGCCCUCUUCCACCUGAUUGCACAGCAAGACAACGCCAUCGCUUUCGACACAGCCUCGGCGACUCGGAGCAUCGCUGCUUCCAGCCUUCAGGACUCGAGCAGCAUGAAGAUGCUGGCUUUGGUAGCUAUGUUCUUCCUGCCUGGUAGCUUCAUCGCGGCACUAUUCAGCACCCCGCUUUUCAAGUGGGAUGAAGCGGCAGCGGCAGAGUCAGAGUCUACCAUGAGGGUGGGGAUAAGACCACAGUUUGCGCUCUUUUGGGCCGUUACUGUUCCCAUCACGGUUGCGGUAUUCAUCAUGUACGGGGUAUGGAUGUGGGUGGUCAAGAAGAAAGACAAAAGGAGAAGGAAGAAGGGUCUGCAGGUACUUGUGUGA